GUUGUUUAUGGAAAGUGAGGACGGAGGAGACAACGCAGCACACAAAUCUACAAUAAUUAUAUAGAAAUGGAUUAUAAGGAGCUGAGAAGGAAGAUUGAGACCUUCAGCCUGGACGAUGGAGAUCUGGGCAACCAGGGCUAUGAGAGGGUCCUCCUCCAGCUGUUUGGCUACCUGGGUCAUGGUAAAUCCUCCUUCAUUAACUCCUGUAAGUAUGUUCUGGAUGACGGGAGGGCAUUUGUAGUGUAUGCUGAGGCUGGACAGAGGGAAGAUGGAGGAAGCAUGACUAUGAUAAGGAAAUCCUAUAAACUCACCUCCAAUAUCACCAUGGUGGACAACCGAGGCUGUAAAUCCAUAACCAACUUUGAACGGGCCGAGGUCUACGCCCAACUCGGAAAUUUUCACCCAUUGGAUAAGCCUGUGGAGUGGAAAGAGAACUUUAAGGAAGCGAUGUCGGCCUUGGAAGAGAGUGAACUGAACAAGAAUACUACAGACUUUCUAGUUCCCAUAUUCAUCUACAGUGCUGCAUACAAUCUUCCAGAACAUGAACAGGAGGAUGUGAAAGCUUUUCUUGAGAACUGUGACAAGAUGACAGGAGUUGUCCCCAUCGUUGUUCUCACCAAAAAAACCAAUGGAGAUUUCUUUGACUUGGAGAAAAGAUUCAGACUUAUGGGAGCGGAGACCGUGAUCUCCAUCGAGAAUUACACAAAGGAAAGCAAUGUGAAAACUCUGAAGAGAACCACCGACAUCCUGACGAUCAUCGUACAUGCCCUGGACAACGUCACAUACCGCCUGGGUCUGCCAAGAGACCCGAAGAAAGAUCGCAUAGAGAGGAAGAAAUUCCUCCUCAACUACAUCCACGAGGCGGAGCUUAGAUAUGAAGAUCCGAAAGCAAUAAAGGAAGACACAAACAAGAAAGAGAAGAAGGAGAAGAAAAAAUCAAAGGGGUCUUGUGUGGUUCAACCCUCUUCCAUGGUCUCAUCGAGGGGUGGGGAGUACGUGGUGCAACUUAACAGCAUAAAAUGGAGUAAAAAUGAAUCAAAACCACGAUCCUUCCCCUUUAACGCAGCAAUAGGCGUCAUUGUGAAACCUUUUCGAAGGGGUAAAACAGAAAGUAAUAGAGCAGAAGUGUUGGAAGUGAGGACGGAGGUGAAAACACAGCACACAACAAACUCAGAAAUGGAAUAUAAGGAGCUGAGAAGGAAGAUUGAGACCUUCAGCCUGGACGAUGGAGAUCUGGGCAAUCAGAGCUAUGAGAGGGUCCUCCUCCAGCUGUUUGGUUGCACUGGUCAUGGUAAAUCCUCCUUCAUCAACUCCUGUAAGUAUGUCCUGGCUGGUGGAGGGCCAUUUGUGGAACAUGCUCAGGCUGGAGAGAAGUUAGAUGGAGGAAGCAUGACUAUGAUAAGAAAAUCCUAUAAACUCACCUCCAAUAUCCUCAUCGUGGACAACCGAGGCUGCGCAACCAUGACCGACUUUGAACGGGCCGAGGUCUAUGCCCAGCUCGGAAAUUUUCACCCACUGGAUCAGCCUGUGAUGUGGAAAAAGAACUUUAAGGAAGCGAUGUGGGCCUUGGAAGAGAGUGAAUUGGACAAAAAUACUACGGACUUUCUUGUCCCCAUAUUUGUCUACAGUGUUGAACACAUCCUUCAAAGCCAUGAACAAGAGGAUGUGAAAGAUUUUUUUGAGAACUGCAAAAACAUGACAGGAGUUGUCCCCAUCGUUGUCCUCACCCAUAAAUCUUGCGAACAUUUUUCCAAAGUUCAGAACCAGUUUGAACGUAUGGGUGUGGAGACUGUGAUCGGCGUAGAAAAUUACACAAAGAUGAGCACCAAGAAAACUGUGAAGGAGAACACAGAACUCCUCCUCGGGGUCAUCGUACAUGCCCUGGAGAACGUCACAUUCCGCCUGAGUCUGCCAAGAGACCCAAAGAGAGAGCGGAUAGAGAGGAAGAAGUUCCUGCUCAACUACAUCCACGAGGCGGAGCUUAAAAAUCAGCAACAAACAAUGGAAGACAGCCGCAAUGAGACAGGAUCAGGGUUCCCGGUCCAAGUAACAAUCGUGGCGCUCGAAGUGACGAUCACGGAUGGCGCCGUGCACAGCAGUCAAUGGAAAAUAGAAAUCACCAGCUCUCAGUAA